CGUCCCGCCCGCGCGAGCCGCCUCCCGCCUCCCGCCUCCCGCGCCCCGCAGCGCCGCCCGCGCGCCCCACCUCCCGCGGCCCGCCGCCCCUCCCGCGACACGCACCCCCCCCGCGCGCGGGAGCCGCCUCGCGCGUCCAGCCGCCCGUCCCGCCACGCGCCCGCGCGGAAUCGGUGGUCCUCUCGCGGCCCGGUGGUCCGCCCGCGCGAGCCGCCUCCCGCGCGGAAUCGGUGGUCCUCUCGCGGCCCGGUGGCCCGCCCGCGCGAGCCGCCUCCCUCGUCGUGCGCUGCUCGGGCGCCCAUUGCUCCCGGCGCCCCUCCUCCCGCGCUGCUCGGCUGCCGCUGCCCAUCGUCCCGCGCUUCUCGGCCUGGUGCCGCCCCUCCUCCCACACUAUGGACUUCGAGGACUGGUUACAACAAACGGAGAUGGAGCGAGAUGAACAUCAGCGACAAAUGGAGAUGGAGCUAGACGAUCUGGAGGACUUCACCCUCCUGACGAUGUCCAUGUGGGGUCCCCAGGUGCCUCGCGAAAGGGUGCCUCGCCAAAUCGUGCCUCGUGAUCACCAUGAAGGAUACCGUCGGAUAUGGGCAGACUGCUUCGCUCCCGAGCCGGUGUAUGGCGACCGGCUGGAGGAGUGCGACAGUUCCUCCUUCGGGGCCGGCCGAGGGGAAGGCGAGAGGGACUCUCGGCCGUCAUCUGCAAAGGGAGGGGGCAGCGGCGAAGGGAGACGAAAGAGGCGGCGGUCGGCACACCCUCGACGGCGGUUCAUCUCCAGAUCCGCCGACAUCCCGUCUUCCUCGAAGCGGCGCUGGAGGGGAAGGGUCAUGGACCGCGUGACCAAUUACGCGAUGCAAGGAUGCAGCAACAAUGACGAGAGAGAGGAGGUUGAAGCUGCUGCCAAUGCUGCCUCUCGGCAGCAAUGGAUGGGAUCGUUCCAUCCAUACGGAAUGCCGCCACCAGUACCUCCUUAUUUUUACCCUGCUCCACCAACCAUGCCGCCACCAGUACCUCCUUAUUUUUACCCUGCUCCACCAACCAUGCCGCCUCCAGCAGGACCCCCAAUGCAGCAGUUCAGUGAAGGUCCGAGUGUCCGAGUGGGCGACCCCGAUGCUGGGAAAAGUGGUCCGAAGGUCAAGCUUCCCAAUUUCAAUCCCGAAGAAGACGUAAACCUGACAAAGUGGUGGCUAAACAUAAGUACUGACCCGGUUGUCAAUACCGGGCAGCGGAAAGAAGGGUUUUGGUUACAGAUCAUGAAAGGCUACAACUCAUCUCGAGGGGUUUACCCGGAGAGAUCUCAGAAGUCGCUCACGACUCGUUGGGACUACAUCAAAGAGUGCUGCACCAAGUUUUCCGAGUUCUACAGUAGUGUUCUGCGUUUGAAUCCCAGCGGCAUGUCGGACGCGGACAAGACGACGGAGGCAAUGGCUCGGUAUGCUGGGGCAUUGCAGAAGCCUUUCACCCAGAUGCACUCCUGGAAGUUAUUGAAGGAUGAGCCAAAGUGGGAGGCGUGCAUUGGGGCUCACCCCAAGGUACAUGUGCUCGACGACGACUCCUCCGAUGCAGCAGCUGGCGGUGCCAACGAAGUGGGCAGUCCAGCCGAGUCUGAUGUCCCGGCCUCCAGCGGGAGCAAGAGGCCGAUUGGGAGGGAUGCCACUAAAGCAGCGAGGAAAAAGGCCGCCACAUCGUCGUCCUCGUCGGAAUACAUUUCACAAAUGAAUGAUCUAUGGGGCAACAAGCUGUCAUUAAUAAAGGAGAGUCAUGCUGAGAUGGCCAGCCACCACGCCACGAUGGCUGUGCUGCAGGAGAAGAAGAUGACUACGGAAAGGGAGCUGGAGGAACGUCGUCUGGCGCUUGAGGAGAGGCGGCUGGAGAUGGAGAAGAAUGACUGGGAGAGUCGGAUGGAGAUGGAGCGGUCUCGGGCCGCCAAGGAAGAACGCGCGGAAGAGGAACGUAUUCUUAGUAUAGAGCUCGACAAAUGCUCGCUAGCGCUACGGCUGUUCUACAAGCGACAGCAGGAGCAGAUCCUUGCAAAGUACUCGUUGCCUCCUCCCUGACUGGUAUCGGCCUUCCCAACUCUGCGUUGUUUGUAUUAUUUGAGAACUUUGUGUACGAUUGCGGAACUUUGCGUGUAUUCCUGAUCGUAGAACUAUUGCUACAUGUUUGAGAACUUUUAGUGCUGAGUGUUGUAUGAACUGCAAGAACUAUUGUUUAAAUGAACUGUGUGUUGGAAAUUUGA